AUGAUCGAUCGGAAACGGCCGCCUGAAGUGAAGCUCGAUAAAGGGGAAGCUGCAGGAGAUGAGGAGGAGCAGCAAGACAGGUGCUCAGAUGUUGAAGAAAAUGAGCGAGAGCUAGAGAAAGAGGAAGUGGAAGAGCAAAACGAGCAAGAUGAGGAAGAUGAUUACAUGAAAAUGCACAUACCAGACGACUCUCACCUUCAAUCAGGUUUACAAUCAAAACGUCGGAAAACUCAAGUUGACCAGGAUUCUGCAGCCGAGGUUCUUCCCAAGGGGUUUGCUAUGAUGAGCAAAAUGGGUUUCAAACUAGGUGGAACACUUGGCAGAGGUGGCGAGUCUGCGCUUCGAGAACCUAUAUCGAUCAAUCGCUCACGAGGACAUGGUGGGAUCCGAGUUUCGAGACCACUCGCAUCUCACAGCGAUUCAAGCAGUAUUAAUGAGGAUGCUUACAAGCACCAAAUUCGAGCUGAAAAACAGCGUGCGGAAAACCUCUCUACUCUACGAAGAAUGCAAAAAAUGGCUUUCGAGCUUAGCGGGGACGUUGAACGCUUCUCCGAACUAAGUGAUCCUCGUAAUUUCAAUUGUCUGUGGAGAAGAUAUGUCAUGAAUUUGGACGAAAAGUGGAGUCACAAGGAAGAUGAAGAAAAGUCUUCUUUUAUCUCACAGAAAGCAGAAGAAUUUCAUGCUACUGAUGCAGACUCAUCGCUUCUUAGUGGUCCUCCAGAUCGGGGACAAUCUGAUCCAUUAUACAACACUUUGCAUUCCAGCGAUGGCUCAAAGGAGGAAGACAAAGAACUACAGAUUUACGAAGGACUAACGCUUGAUCAGCAAGUUUUGGGCAUUCAAACGCAUUUAAGAACUGAGUACUUUUAUUGUUUUUAUUGUGGAGCACAGUUCUCAAGUGAAGAAGAGCUAUUUGGAAACUGUCCGGGACCAUCGAAAGAGGACCACAUAUAA